AUGCCCCCACGAGAACCUGGGCAGAGGCACCGCUUUCCAAAUCUGUCCGAGGUGCUGAGCCGCCAGACUGUGGCCCCUCUGGAUCUGUUCUCCUUCUACAUCUACAUGCGUGAUCAGCAGCGCUCCGUCGACUACCUGGAUUUCUGGCUCGACGUAUCCCAGCACCUCCAACUUUGCCGACUCUAUGUACGCCGUCUACAUCGUUCCGUCAUUGAAGACACCCCCGAGAUGGAGAAGAACAGCAAGCAAUCCUCCUUCUUCCCAGAAGGUGCGGGCGAGGGGCCAUCGGGAGAGAAGGGCAAUGUGUCGGACCAGAGACUCUCCGCGUUCCUUCGGUCGGAUCAUGGGAGUCGGCAGCACUCCCCGCAUAAUAGCCAGGAUGACUAUUCCCAUCACUCGACGCCUGGUCACGAGCGUCCGCCACGCCCUAGCUUCAUGACGAUGGAUACCAGUUCACCAGGAGAGGAUUCGAGCUCGCCGGGCCAGAACUCGUCUGGGGAUAAUGUCCCUAAGAGGGAGGAUCUGAGGGCGUCUGCGGAGAAGAUUCUGUAUACCUAUCUUCUUCCGGGAUCCGAGCGAGAGAUUAUCAUUCCGCAAAGCAUUCUCCAUGAGGUACAGGAUGCCAUCGAAGGCCCCGAGCAGAGGAGCGAUCCGGAAUUGUUUGACGCCGCCAAAGACUAUGUUUUCCAAGCCAUGGAGCGCGACGCCUUUCCUGGAUUCCUGCAGAGCAAGGGUCUCGGCAACCUCGUGCCGCAGAGCAUGAUGAUCCGCCUUAUCGUCGGCUUGAUCAGUUUCUUCGCGGCUAUGUGGGCUUCUUUCAUUCUUAUCUUCCUCAACAAAUCAAGGGCUACAAGGUGCUGGCUCAUCCUCCCCUUCACGAUCGCGCUUUACUUCAUCUUCACUCAUCAAUACAUGCUUGACCCGAUCCUGGCGCUCAUUGGCCUCAGCGAGUACACACUCAUGGAUUUUUAUCGCAUCCGGGAGCCGUUUGUGAGGAAGACGCUGAAUAAACGGUCUUUGGUGAUGUUGGCGGGCUUUCUCCUCGUGGAUGCAGCUGUGUGCUGUCUGUUCAUCUUUGUGCCGGGGAAGAGACUUUGA